CCUAUGCGUUUGCGACCUGCGUAUUGUUUUGUUGUACUUCGUUUAGGAAGAUCGCGAGUUAUGUUUUAUUCCUGAAAGUGUGAAAAUAAUACAGUUUUAUAUACAAAAUCCUAUACGAAUUCAAUAAAAUAUAUGUGCCAUAAUAUACUAAAAAUGCGCUACGUAUUUUUAAUUACAAUAUUUAGUGUAGUUUUUGCAUACGAGAAGGAUAUAACAUUUUCUGUUCAAGCUGGUAGUACGGACUGCUUUUAUCAUAAAGUGUUAGUAAAUGAAAUAAUUGAUAUAGAAUAUCAGGUGAUAGAUUCUUCACAUGGAGACCUGGACAUAUCCUUUCAAUUGGCGGACCCAGUUGGCAGGGUGAUUGUCGCUGAUUACAAGAAGCAAGAGAAUGCACACAGACAUACAUCCAUACUGGAAGGAGACUACAGAAUAUGCUUUGAUAACACCUUCAGUACAUUUAGCCAAAAGACUGUGUUUUUUGAUCUGAUGAUCGAUAGCGAGGACUCGGUAAACAAAGACUAUGAUGACGAUAAAGAAAUGGAAUUGGGUAAUCCUGCAGAGACGUACAUGAUGCGCGUGAGUGACAUUGUGGAGUCGGUUAUCAAGCUGAAGGAGAACGUGUCUGCUGCACGGCGGCUGCAGGAGCUGCUGUCGGCACACGAGGCGAGGGACAGGAACCUCGCGGAGGAGAUGUGCGCCAGGGUACUGAGGUGGUCGAUGGUGCAAAUAGUACUGAUGUUGAUAAUAGGAUUUAUUCAGGUUUACUUCGUCAAGAGUCUCUUCGAGGACCCAAAGAGUCGUAGCUUUAAGAAACUAGUUCCUAACUUUAUGUCCCAGUGAUGAAACCAAAGAAUAAUUUAGAUGUACCCUCAUUUUUACUUUUAAGCGGAACAUGGUUUAUAAACUUUAUUCGUAGUUAACUAGAAACAUUGAAGUUUAUUUAAACUCGGGUGUUCAUUAUUGGUCUAGAGUUUUUCCUAUAUAACCAAAAAACGUGAAAAGUAAGACGUUGAGCUGAUGGUAAUGGAUACGCCCUGCCAAUUGCCAUGCAGUUCCAGGAUUCUUGAAAAAACCCCAAAAAAUUCUGAGCAAAACUACAAUAAUUGCGCUCGUCACUUUUAGACAUAAGAUGUUAAGUCUCAUUAGCCACGAAAUUUAAUAAGGCACUGUGGUACCCAUAUGGCGGGCUUAAGUGCAAAAAUGUGCUUUAAAUAUAUAUUCCAACUCAUUUUUAGCGAAUAUACAGCAACAAUAAGAACUUAAAAAUAAUUGUCAACUAAAGACUAAGCAAUGAAUCUAUUAAUGAUAAAAUUUGUCAGAAUUCACACGAUUCGCGUAUUACUCGUUCAACUGUUAUGCUAACGGUACUGUCUUUGUGUCGGAAUGAAAGUGACGUCACUAAAAUGGCGUUCACUCCCUCUAUCAAACUCUCCCGAGGUGCCAAUAUAAUUAUAUGUUUAUAAUCUUGUAUUGAAAUCAAAUUAUUUUCUCAUUUGAAGAAUUUAACUUGCAUUUUAUACGUAAUGGCAUAAUGGGCCUCAAAAUUUAUGAUUUUAUUUUUCUAAUAUUUGUGUGAAUAUAAUACCAUGUAUUGUUUAUGGGCAGUUCUGUUAUGAUGAUCUGUUAUUUUCGUUAACAAUCAAACAAAUUAUUUAUUGCAAAAAUAAUGUCUACAAUUUUUAUUUUAUUCCAGUUUUGAGGCGUUGGUAUCGCAUCCAUAGUUAAUUGAAUACAUAUUAUUUUGGACUUUAUAGCUGAAAAGGGGUGCACUUAGGGGUACAUAAUAUAUAUAUUGGUUCUAUGGUAAUGAUAUUUAUUUACUUAAAGUACUAAAUUAAUGUAUGACACUUGUUAAAUAACUAUAAUUAAUGGUUCUAAUUGUGAGUACGCGGAUCUCUACUAUUAAUUGGUUAUAAUGGUUACUUGCACCAGACCUGUAAUGGUUAUAGACGAAUGGUUAAACACACCAUGGAUCGGACCGGUCCUAGUUACUAGUUACCGUACUGCAUCUCUACUGUGCGUUGGUAAUAAUGGUUAAACUGGUUACUCGGGCCGGUCCUGUAAUGGUUAAUGGUAACUAGGACCGGCCCGAUCAAUGGUCACCCGCGUACUGCCUUACUAAAGGCAACACAUGGUUUUAUUACAAUUUAUUUUUAUCUACUAAGCAAUAUUUGUAAUAUAAUCCUGUUCGAUGGAUUUACUUCGAACGAUAGCUAUACAUGCAUUUAAUAUAUUUGUAAUUUAUCGUUACUGCCAAUUUAUUAAAUGUGCAUUAUUAUAUCAAGGACACAUCAGAUUGGAUUAACCCUGCCAGAAUUAUGAAACAUUGCCAAAUUGUGUCCAAUAUUGUCAUAGAAAAGAAGUCUUUUAUCGACCUUUAAAAAUACUAUUGUUAGAUUUUAUUCCGUUUAAUAUAAACCUUAAUAAAUAAAAAUAAAAUAAAGCAGGUCAGGGUAAUUACUUUAGUGUGCGUGACAAACUAUUUAUAACACUCGCGAUUUGUAUGACACUUUGUGUUAGUGUGCGUGCGUUGCUCAAAAUAGAGGUUAAAUGUCAAGUUCAUUUUUUUUCGACGUUUCCACAGAUCUUACAGACCAUCUAGACGUAUAAAUGAUAAUUGUCCUUUACACAUUGUAUAUUUAGUGUUGUUCAACAGGCUUCACGAAAGUAAAUUUAUAUCAUUAUGUAUUUAAAAUUAGGUAAUGAAAAAAAAACUAUCAUAUCUAAAUUUUUUAUAUUUAACUCUACUUUUCUAUUGUUUACUUUUAAGUGUGUGUUAAUUAUAUAUAUUUGGAAGUCGGUAUUUUUUGGUAGAAGUUUUUAUAAGAGAAUUAUUAUUCAUUUGUUAAUGAAUUAUUAACUCGGUAUUUACUAGUAAUUGUUAUUAAAUAAGUUUGAAUUUUGUAACUUCGGUUAUCGCCAUGAUGGGUACUUUUUUUGCUUUAUUUUGUAUAAAUUGCGUAUAAGCUUGUCAUAUUGUCACAAAUGUUUGCCAUAUAUAUAUAGUGCACAAAUAGUCAUUAGUAAAUAAACGUUUAUAUACAAACAAA